GUGAGGAACUCUAUCUCAUCAACAUCACCACUGCCCACGCUCAGCAGCAUAAACAGCCGUUCCGAUAUAUUCGAGAAGAAUGCACGUCUCCAGCGGCCUAAUAACAUACGCAUUGAGCUUCGCCGCUCUCGCGACAGCGACUUUGGCCCUCGAGCCGUGGCUCAUCUCGGAGCUCACGACCUUCAGCCCCCCAGACCGACCGGGCAGCUCUCCCCACAGCGUCAUCAACGCCACCAUCUCGGAUCCCAACGACCAGACCCCAGUUACGGCCUUCUGCGCCGCCACCUGGACGUUCGAGGAAUCGCCCUACGGUACGGUCAACGCCUGCUCCGAGGUGCCGGGCGGACGAUGGAGGUUUGCGAUGCUCGAGGCGGCCGACGGCGAGCCCUCGCCGACCACCAACUUCAAGCUGCGCUUCGAGCUGGACAAGGACGGCCAGACGUUAGCGGGGACGGCGAGUUUCAGGGUCGGCGAGAAUCUCAGCGGGCUGUGCUCGGCCGGCGGAGUUUGCUCAUUUAGCUUGAAAAAGGAGAACACUCCGUUUGCGGUGAAGCAGACCCUGGAGAACUAAUUAGAGGAAAUUUUCCCAUGUUCAACGCCGACGAGAGGUGCUGCUGUCAAU